GGGGACUCGUCAUUACCGCCUUUUCCCCGGGCACCACCAGUCCACCACCCCCAGCCGCACAGCUCACUCCAGCCGAAAGCACAAGCACGCCAUGGCAGAGGAGAAGAAGAGGCACAAGCACAAGCACAAGGAGAAGGAGAAGCAGCCGGGCGGCGGCACGGAGCAGGCGGCGCACUUCAAGCCGUGCGGCGACGUGAAGGGCAUCCGGUUCGGGGGCCAGUUCAUCGUGAAGUCGUUCACGGUGCGGCGGGCGUCGCCCCUGGAGCUGCUGCGGCUGCUGGGCAUCCCGCCGUCGUACCUGAGCGAGUGCCAGAGCCUGCCGUUCCCGUCCACCACCGCCUACAUGCCCACGGGCUUCACCAUCCUGGCGCACCAGGCGUGGCACACGCUGACGCUGGGCCUGGGCACCAACAAGUCCAAGGCGGCGCUCUUCGUGUUCGAGUCCGAGGCCAUGAAGGCGGCCGUGGACCGCCUGUGGCCCGCCGUCACCCCGCUCGGGGACGUCAACAGGAGGCUCAUCCGCGGCCUCACGGGCAGCGAGAUGGCGCGCUUCAAGUUCCGCAAGGGCUGCCUCACCAUCUACGUCUACGCCGUGCGCCGGCUCGGCGCCGCCGGGUUCAUGCGCACCGACGACCUCAGGCGGGUGCUGCAGUCCGUCGUCGAGCUCAAGGACUUCCUGGACCACACCGCCAUGCUCGCCAUCCCGAGCCAGAAGAGCAUCACCCUGCAGUCCCGGACAGCGGUGGCUCACUGAGAGGAGAUCGUCGUCAACUCCUUCAUAGCCUCGAGUCUGAUCUGAUUCUGAUGACGCCGCAAGAACCUCGAUCGGUUCAGCAUCGCAGAACAGCCUGAACAGGUACGGUCGUCGGUUUGUAGCUGUAAUCUUCAGAGGGCCUAUCUCAUUUUUUCCCCCAUCCCUCCCUCUCUCUCGGUUGGAUUCGUUUGUUCAGUGUCGGUGGUGCAAGUGUUCGCCUCCUCUGCUGGGAGAGCAGAUGUAUAGAUCUGUUG